GGAUGCGUCGCGUCACUUCCGCCCGCUCGGUGCGGCACCUCCAAGAUGGCGGCGCCCUGCGGCUCCUCGCAGCUCCCGGCCGAGCCGCCGCUGAAGGUGCCCAAGAUGGAGGUGCUGUCGCCGGGCUCCCCCAGCGCCCUCAGCGACGGCAACCCCAGCCUGUCCGACCCCUCCACCCCCAGCGGCGCCUCCCCGCUCGGCACCGCGCCUCCGGCUGGCGGGGCCGGCCGCGGCGGGGCCUCGCCCUCCGUCUCCUUCUCGCCGGGCGCCGCCGCUGCCGCCGCCGCCGCUUGCCGGGGGAUGUCGUGGACGCCGGCGGAGACCAACGCGCUCAUCGCUGUCUGGGGUAACGAGCGCCUGGUGGAGGCGCGGUACCAGCAGCUGGAGGGCGCCGGCACCGUGUUCGGCAGCAAGGCCCCCGGGCCCGCCAUGUACGAGCGCGUCUCCCGCGCCUUGGCCGAGCUGGGGUACGAGCGCACCCCGUCCCAGUGCCGGGAGCGCAUCAAGCAGCUUCACAAGAGGCAGAGUGAGUUAGUAAGGAAUGCAGAAUAUACCCUGCGUAGGUGCUACAGCCGCGUGAAGGAGCACGGUGUCGGCAAGAGGAAAAGCAGCUACACGUUUGAACAGCUGGAGCAGGUCUUUGGGCAAGGAGGAUGGGAUUCCCAACCCUGCCAGCCUGUCCUCAUCAACAGCAGCGGCUUGUACCAGGAGCUGGAGUCAGACAGCAGCACGAUGGAGGAGUUUUCACAGGAGGAUUGGGGAAACCACAGUCAGGAUCUUCAUUGUUACCAGACUGGCGAACAGGAAUUGGAUGAAAUCCCUACCACCAAAAGAACAUUAAAGAUCAAGCAGGAAUCUUCCGAAGACGCACAGAAGCGCGACGUCAUGCAGAACAUUAUGCAAAUCUUGGAGUCGGUCCAGUUGAAGUGGGAGCUGUUUCAGAGCUGGACGGACUUCUCCAGGCUCCACCUUUCCAACAAACUGGCCAUUUUCGGCAUCGGGUACAACACCCGCUGGAAGGAGGACAUCCGCUACCACUACGCGGAGAUCAGCUCCCAGGUACCCCUCGGGAAGCGGCUCCGGGAAUACUUCAACUCGGAAAAACCCGAGGGUCGAGUGAUCAUGACCAGAGUGCAGAAAAUGAACUGGAAAAACGUCUAUUACAAAUUCCUGGAGAUCACCAUCAGCGAAGCCAGGUGCCUGGAGCUCCACAUGGAGAUCGACUGGAUCCCCAUCGCUCACUCCAAACCCACCGGCGGGAACGUGGUGCAGUAUUUAUUACCGGGAGGAAUUCCCAAAAGCCCGGGAUUGUAUGCUAUCGGAUAUGAAGAGUGCCAUGAGAAACCUCCCUCCUCUCCCACCGAGCACAGGGGGCCUGAUCCCGGCGCUGAGACUCAAGGUGAGCUGGAGGUUCCUUCUCCACAAGCCUCGCUCCGGGUGGACGUGGAAUCCACCCGGAUUAUCUACUGUUACCUCGGCAUCGCCGAGGUCCGGACUCUCCAGCAGUGCCUGUUUUUACACUUCCAGGCAAACACCAAAACCUUCAGCAAAGAUUGGGUCGGGAUCAACGCCUUUUUAUCUCAGAACUGCCUCGUCGAGCCCGGCGUCUCCCCCAAAUCCAUCUACAUCAAAUUUGUGGAAGUGGAGAGGGAUUUUCUUUCCGCCGGCUCGUUGGUAGAGUGCCUGGAAAAAGCCAUCGGAUAUCCCUUAAAAUUUAACAACUGACUCUCAUCCUUCAUAAGGAUUGGGGCUUUCGGGCCCCUCUUUUCCAUCCCACUACCAGACGCUUCCAGAUCCCGGGCAAAUCGGGACUUUUCCGCCUGGAAACGAGUUUUGGGAUGACCAGAGGCUUGCGGGGGGGGAGGGCGCUUCCCACCGGCUCACCCCCAGCAAGCGAGUGUAUCCCGCCUCUCCGGAUGCUUUUCCUCCCGGAGGAGAAGCCCCCGGCCUGUGAAACGACUGUAGGUACAUUCCACAUGGGACAAGCACGUAGACGUGGCGUUUUCAUAUGGAAAACUGAGUUUUAGGGGGAGGGGGGGGGUGUCUUUAUUCCACGUGUCCCAUUUUUACGCAUCCGUCUCCUUAUUAAGUGUUAUUAUGGAUCUGGAUAACGAAGCAAUAGACAAGGGCAAGUUGAACCUUGACUCACCUCCAUGGAGACUGUUCCUCAAAUCCACCCUUAGAUCCCGUUGUAUAUAAUUUAGGACCUCACUUUUGUCACCAUCAAGUGUUCUCCUCUCUCCAAACAGUGUUGCCUGCAAAAAGACUUUGGUUUCCGUGAUGUAUCCCACUUUUCCUCGUAGCCUUGCCAUAUCCACUCUUAUUUUAUACCAUUAAAAGAAUUCCUGGCCUUUUUUAUUUUCCUUUUGGAGCACUGGGUUUGAUUUUGGGGUUGGUUUUUUGGAGUUCUCGUCCUUUUGGGGCGAGAAGAUCGUGGCAGCUGGGAAAACCACCUUGUUUUUUCUGUCACCCCGUGUUUUAUGGAUACAAUCAAAGCUGUGAGAAUCGGGGAUUGGGAUAGGGAGGGAUGGGAGGGAUAAGGAGGGAAGGACACAUGUUCCUAUCGAAGCCCCAUCACCGCCGGCUGGCGCUGGCGCUUCCCGUUGGAAAGC